ACACCAAGUCCGAUCCGCCGGCGCGAAUAUCCAGAAUAACUCUUGUCGAUAUAUAUAUAUAUUCACAUAAUAAUAUUAUCACACACUCCAAAAUCAGAAUCAAUGGCGAAAAUAGGAAGGAGAUUCGAAGGUAAGGUAGCCAUAGUCACGGCUUCGACUCAGGGGAUCGGCUUCGGCAUAGCUGAGCGUCUCGGCUUGGAAGGCGCCGCCGUCGUUAUCUCCUCCCGCCGUCAGAAAAAUGUUGAUGAAGCAGUAGAAAAGCUAAAGGGUAAAGGAAUUGAAGUGCUGGGUUUAGUAUGCCAUGUUUCAGAUGCACAGCAAAGAAAUAAUUUGGUGGAGAAAACCGUUGAGAAAUAUGGCAAAAUAGACGUAAUUGUGUGCAAUGCUGCUGCCAAUCCUACAGUCGAUGGUAUACUCGAAACUAAAGAAUCAGUCCUCGACAAACUAUGGGAAAUCAAUGUGAAAACCUCCAUUCUUCUUCUACAAGUGGCAGCUCCUCAUUUGCAGAAAGGCUCUUCAGUUAUUUUCAUUUCUUCAAUAACUGGCUUCCAUCCACCUCAAGGUUUGGCUAUGUACGGUGUGACAAAAACAGCCCUUCUUGGUCUCACAAAGGCUCUUGCAGCUGAGAUGGCUCCAAAUACUCGUGUUAACUGUGUUGCUCCUGGUUUUGUACCGACCCACUUUGCAUCUUUUCUUACAACAAACGAGAGCAUAAAGAAAAGCCUAUUGGAGAAGACACUGCUGAAUAGACUCGGUACUACACAUGACAUGGCAGCGGCAGCAGCUUAUUUGGCUUCCGACGAUGCUUCUUAUGUAACCGGAGAAACAUUGAUAGUUGCUGGAGGUACACCUUCAAGACUCUAGAUUUCUUUUUUUUUUUCCUCUCUCUUACAAGAUUCUAGAUCGUUCUUACAAGAAUCCGAAACUAUGUUAUACUUGUUGCCGUGGAGCGAAUGUUAAAUAACGGAGCCAUCCAUUAUCUAUAUUUGAUGGAGAGGCUACAUUGUAGUUUCUUGUAAGUUUUGAAUCGAUGAGUUUAAAACUCGUAAUGAAUCGAUAAAUUAAAAUCGUGAAUCGUUGUAGUUUAUUUAAGCCCA